CGUACAGAUAAUUAAUAGUCAUUCAAUUCAUUUGCUUCCUAGGGUUUUCAUUUUCUUUUUGCGGUGAGAAUGGGGAGAGGAAAAGUAGUGUUGAAGAAGAUCCAGAACAAGAUCAACAGGCAGGUGACCUUCUCAAAAAGAAGAGGUGGUUUGCUGAAGAAAGCUCAUGAGCUCUCUGUUCUUUGUGAUGCUCAGGUCGCUCUCAUCAUCUUCUCCAGCCAUGGCAAGCUCUUUGAGUUUGCCAGUACUGAUAUCACCAAGAUUUUUGAGAAGUAUCGCCAAUUUUCUCAUCCCUCCCAAGACAACAAUGCUGCUGAUCUUGAUGAAACAGAGGCCUCAUACCAAAUGGUUUCAAGGUUAAGGGCGAAAUUCGAGUCUCUUUGUCGCUCACAGAGGCACUUGCAAGGAGAAGAAAUUGGAACCCUUGGUGUGAAAGAGUUGCAUAAAAUUGAGAAAAAACUUGAUCGAGCACUAUUAAAAGCUAGACAGCGAAAGACACAACUGAUGCUAGAAUUGUUGGAAGAAGAACGCAAAAAGGAACGUGCUCUGGAAGAAGAAAAUGAACAACUUAAGUUUGAGCUUCAGGAAGGACAACAUAUUCAAGCUGUUUAAGGUUUGGGAGAUUCCGACAAAGUACGUAGGCAGUGGUUUCAUCAACUCCUUUGCCAGACAAGCAAUUAAGAACCCUAGCUCUCCCCUGGAAGAUUGAUUUGCUUCCAAUAGAGUACUAUUUCUCUUUCGUCAGUCGAUAAGUUGUGAGGUGCGGAAGUUGAAUUUGAACUAUAAUAAUUACGUGUGUAUUAUAGUUUAAUUAUUUGUUUGCAAGCACUCGUAAUUUCUAAUGAGAUAAUUAAGGAAUGAGCAUUUCCUUUCCUAUAA